CGAAGCUGGGCAGGGCUGUACCACGGUACUGUAGGAUGCGCACGUGAUACCCCGCGGAAACACGCGUCGAGCUAACGCGCUCACGACAUCGCAACGGCUGCAUGUGGCAACACUAACAUGGCCGCGACAGAUGGACAUUAUGGGACCGGCCAAUUACCCCUUGCGGGCGCCAUCCUGUGCUGCACCGCCCUGCCGCAUGAGCAGCGUGCACAACUGUCGUCCAUUGGCGCGCAGAUGGGCGCGACCAUCAAGCUCGACCUCACUUCAGACGUAACCCACCUUGUCGCCGGUAAUACCGACAGCGCCAAAUACCGCUAUGUCGCCAAGCUUCGAGAGGAUGUCAAGGUCUUGUCGCCCGCGUGGCUGGAGGCCCUCCGCGAUGUGUGGAUGGAGGGCGAGGACGACAUGGACGUGGCAGGCUUGGAAAAGCAGUAUCGUCUGCCUACCUUCUAUGGACUCAGAAUCUGCCUGACUGGCUUCGACAACCCGGAGCGGCGGAAGUACAUUCAAGAAACGGUCGACCAGAACGGCGCCGAAUACCAUGGCGACCUUACCAAGAACAUCACCCACCUCAUCGCCGCCGCGCCGACUGGCAAGAAAUACGAACAUGCGCUCAAUUGGCGGAUGAAGAUUGUCUCUCUGGAGUGGUUCGAGCAGAGUCUCGAGCGGGGCAUGGUGCUGGAUGAGACCCUCUUCAACCCCACACUGCCAGCGGACGAGCGCGGGAUUGAUGCAUGGAUCCGCAUUGAGGACCCUUCGCCAGCUCUUGGCAAGAGGCUGCGAGAUACUGAACAACCUCAGCCAUUGAACCCCAACCGGAGAAAGCUGCGUCGUGCUGCAAGCACCAAGCUAGGGAUUCAAGGCGACGCUCUGUGGGCAGAGAUCACCACGCCCAGUUUCGAUCAGGGCAGGAAUGAUGAAGACGAGUGGAAAGAGGAUAAUUUGUUCAAGCACACUACGCCACAACAAGACUCGCCUGCAGUCCUUCACGAUGACAAGGCUGCUGAUCGAGUUGAGACGAAGGACGCUAAUGCGCCUACACCCGCUGCAUCCGCCGCACCCGCUCCACAACUAUUAGGAGCAGAUGACAACGGAGGUAUUUUCCAAGGUCGCGUUGUAGUCAUACAUGGCUUCGAUCAAGACAAAACUACCAUCCUGCAUGAACAUCUAGAGAAGAACGGCGCCCAUGCACUAAACAGCAAUAACCUUGAAGGAAUCUCUUCAGAACAUCUUACACGUGGUUUCCUCGUGAUACCGCAUGAUGUUGAGGUCGAUGUUGUGUCUGGAUCUCUUCCGGCACGCGCCGGAACUAUUGGGAACCUUGUUACUAACUGGUGGGUUGAGCGUUGUUUGCAUGGGAAAUGCUUAGUCGACCCCACUACCGACGUCUUAAGUCGACCUUUCGACAAGCUUAGCAUCAACGGUUUCUCUGGCCUAACUGUAAACUCAACGGGAUUUUCGGGGAUUGGGCUCCUGCAUGUGACCAAAGCUCUUACAUUGAUGGGUACGGAAAUAAGUCGGUUGUUUGACUCUAAACUGACAAAUUUGACAGGUGCAACUUAUGACGAGCAGUUGCACGCUAAAACUUCGGUCAUGCUCUGCAACAGCCGAAACCCAACUCCACAGAAAUUAAAGUUCGCCACGGAGAGGCGCAUCCCAGCUGUGCAUGCAGAAUGGCUAUGGGAGUGUUUGCGUACUGGCGCAUUACAACCUUUCAGCAAUUUUCUGCUGAACACAUUUGCACCACGCCAACCUCAGAAGAUCAUGCCUAACCCGCAAGCGUUUGAGAAGCUGACGGUCGCCCCCCCGAAAGAGGACGACCCAAAGCCUCGUGAGCAGCAAAGGAGGACAGAUGCACCGAAAAUGGUGACAAAACCCCAUCAUUCCCGCGCUCGGGGGCCACUGAAACCUCGAGUUCUUGAUCUUGCUCUUUCGGCGGAAGGAACACCUGCUUCUACGACUGACCCAUUGACCUUACCAGCAGACAGCACUAGCCAUGCUCGAGCUUUUGACAAUGAUGACAAUCUUGGGGGGUUUGACGGAAAUGCGUCCAUGCCACUUCAUGAUACUGACGCAAACUCAACAAGACGUCCAUCAACCUCACUAACAGGGCUUCUCACUAACGACAGGUCGAAAGCUAGGCGCAGAAGCUCUUCGGCUGAGUCCUUGAUUAGAGCUGCGCCUGCACCACGUGUCUCGAAGACAGCUCGAGAACCGACGCCUGACUCCGUAAUACCAGCACCUUCUGAGCCGCAAGCACAGGUGCCAGCGCCGGUGCCAGAGCUUGACACCGAGCCUCUCGCACAGGAGCCCAUCGAAGAAAAAGACUAUUCCGAUCUGCUCACUAAACUGCGCAAUAACAGAAAAGCUGCUCCUACUCCAGAAGACCAAGCCGAUGAGAAGCGACGUAGACGCCGCCAACUUGGCCGUGCACCAUCUGCGCGCUCAAUAGGUUCCGCAGGAGAUGCCAGCUCAGGCAACCUGGGUCUGGAUGAAGACGAGGACGAUGAGACAGUCGUAAUCAAUGAGUACCAGCCCAGCCAAGUUUUAGGCUGGGAUAGUCCCGGGGCGGCCAAGGCAAGAGAGGUAAUGAUCAAGAAACUAGGCGGCACUUUGAAAGACAAGAACGUCCCGGUAAAAGCCAUUGGCGGUGCAAUGGACGGGCCAAGCGAGAGCGGCAUGACCAGUAGAGCAGGGAGGAAGAGAAGACCUGGUUUCUAAGGCGGUUGUCUGCAAAGCGGUAAGAGGGCUUAAUUGUGCACUGCUCGGAAAUCCAAGCACACUAAAAAACAACUCCCGCAC